CGCGCGCCGUCGCCGGCGCGUCAGACCGGUACUGGACACGACGCGCAUCGGCCGCGCCGGAGCGCCCGCUCGCUCGCUCGCUCGCUCGCCGCCCUCAGCUGGCCUGAGUCGCAGUCAGUCGCGCGCGACGUCGGCAGGCAGGAGGAGGACACGCGUCCUCGCCCGAGCCCGCACACGACAACGGGAGCAGAGCCGGCGCCGAGAGCCCUCGUGUCGAUACCGAGCGCCCGAGAGAUCGCCGCCAGUUGCAGUUGCUCUAGCGGAGGCGUCUCAGCGGCAGACAAGAUGGCUGCCAACCCAGCCGCGCUGCGCAGGAAGCAGAAGAUGGCAGAGGCCGCCGCCAGCUGCCCGCCCGUCGACCAGCAGGUGCGCGUGGUGGUGGCGCGGCCCGCCUUCACCCAGCAGCAGUUCCAGAAACAGUUCGACUACACCGAGCCCAAGCCCAAAACCAACAGUGAGCUGGUGGCCGAGCAUUUCCGUGACAACUGCGCCCCCAACGGCGACUGCGUGGCCAACACACUCACCCGCUACCUGCCCAUCCUCGCCUGGCUGCCCGCCUACAGCAUCAAGAAUGACCUCUUCGGAGACAUCAUCGCCGGAGUCACCGUCGCCAUCAUGCACGUACCGCAAGGAAUGGCGUACGCGCUGCUGGCUCGCAUCCCGCCCAUCCACGGAAUCUACAUGGCCUUCUUCCAAUGUCUUCUGUACGUCAUCUUCGGAACCUCUCGCCACGUGUCUGUCGGAACGUUCGCUGUGACCUGCAUCAUGACCGGAAAAGUGGUAAUGGAAUACUCUGAACCACAGCCCAACGCUCCAAACGGCACUGAACAAGUACUCUACGAUCCAGUGUUAGUGGCGACUACCGUCUCGAUGGCUGUCGGAAUAGUGGAGCUGGUGAUGUUCGCGCUGCGGAUCGGCGCACUCACCGUCAUCCUAUCCGACAUGCUGGUCAAGGGCUUCACCACCGGCGCCGCCGUGCACGUGCUCAUGUCGCAGGUCAAGUCGCUGUUCGGCCUGACGCUGCCGCGCUACACCGGACCCGGAAAGCUCAUCAAGACAUUUGUGGCCAUUCUGAGGAACGCGUUCAGCGCCAACCCCGCCGCCAUGGUCAUCUCUGGCACUGCCAUCUCCGUGCUGGUCUUCAACAACGAGUACCUGAAGCCGAAAGCCGCCAAGCGCACCAAGUUCCCGAUCCCGAUCGAGCUGAUUGUGGUUGUGAUCGGCACUGUGGCGUCUUACUUCGGAGAUCUCCACGGCAACUACCAGGUCCAGGUCAUCGGCAACGUCACCACCGGACUGCCCAAGCCGACGAACCCGAUUUUCUCGCUGAUCCCUAACAUCCUGAUGGACGCCGUCAUCAUCGCCAUCAUCGCCUACUCGGUGUCGCUCUCCAUGGCGCAGCUGUUCGCCAAGAAGCACGAGUACGUCGUCGAUGCCAACCAGGAACUCAUCGCUUACGGUGUUGGUAACAUCGCCUCGUCGUUCUUCGCGUGCGCUCCGAUGGCUGCCUCGCUGUCCCGCUCUCUGAUCAUGGAGAACGUGGGCGGUCGCACGCAGGCCUCGGGCAUCAUCACCUCCUCCAUCCUGCUGGUGGUGCUGCUCUGGCUCGGACCGCUCUUCCAAGUGCUGCCCAAUUGCGUGCUGAGCUCCAUCAUAGUGGUCUCGCUGAAGGGCAUGUUCAUGCAGUUCUCGGACCUGAAGCAGGUGUGGCGCACGUCCCGCGCCGAUGCCGUCAUCUGGUUCACCACGUUCGCCGCCGUCGUCGGCCUCGACAUCGACAUCGGGCUGGCCGUCGGCGUCGCCGUCUCCGUGGUCGUGCUGCUGCUGCGUAACCAGAAGCCCGAGACGGCGCUGCUCGGAAACAUCGACGGCACCGACAUUUACCUGGACGUCAAAAAGUACAAGGCGGCCGAGGAGGAGGACAACGUCAAGAUCUUCCAGUUCGGCGGACCCCUGCACUUCUGCAACCGGGACUACUUCCGUCAGCGGGUGAUCGAGCUCACCGGGCUGGACCCGAUUCAGUACAAGUCGUUCGUGGCCAAACUCGAGUCGCAGGCGCGCUCGGCAGCGAUGAAGGAGCAGCUGAAGCUCAAAAAGGCUCGCCGCAACCCGCAGAAAGAGUCAUCGAAGAAGACGGGCGGCGGCUUCUUCAAGGAGACCAAGCUGGACCCGAGCGUGGAGAAGCCCGAGUCGGCCCAGAAGCGCGCCCAGAAGGAGGGUAUUGCCAACGGCGGGUACGACAACUCGGACGAGAAGACCGGCUCUCACGAGCUGCUCACCCCGCCGAGCAAAGUGGAGUAUUACGGCAGCUUCGACUCGGACUCUGAAUCCAAACCGCCGCCACUUUCUGCCGCCGAUGCCGUGGCUCAGGUGCGACAGGAGGUCAAGAUCAACAUGAUGUUCUCGCACCUGAUCUUCGACAUGACGAGCGUGGGCUUCACGGACACCGCCUCGACGCGCAGCCUCGUCAGCCUCCUGAAGGAGUACGAGGCCAUCGACGUGUCGUGCUACCUGGUCGGAUGCAACGAGACGGUGCUGCGUAUUCUGGCCUGCUGCAGCUGCCCACUGGGCGAGGAGCGCUUCUUCCCGACCGUGCACGAUACGGUGGUGUCGAUCCGCGCGCGAGCCGCCGAUCCCGACGCCCAGUCCACAUCGAGCGGCAUGAGCUAGCCGCCGGCUGAUACCGCUGCUGGCGACCGGACCGGCGCCGCCGGGCGCACACGAGCAGCUUUUUAUACGAUUUUACCAGGUGACGCGAGUGCGGAGGGGCCGCCGCGGUCCGGGGACAGCGCGUGCGCUCCCCGGCGGGAGGCCGCCGGCGGUCGCCGCGUUUCGAGCGUGUCAGUAGUGCAGGUGUCUCCACUGCCUGUUGUGAGCCGUUACUCUGUGCGGGGUCGGGGCGCCGCGCCGCCGAUCGGGAACCGAGGAGGCAGCUGGGGCCGAGAGCCGGCCGUCUUUCAGCGGCGCCGGCCGCGGGCAGCCACGGAUGAGUGCCAUCUCCGACGUGUGAGUCGUGUACAGACAGAUAGUGGGACGGGAGGGGAGGACGGACAGACAGACUGAGUUGUUGGCGCCGCCGCCGCCGCCGCAUCGUGGGGCGCAGCGCCCGUUGUUGUGUAUAAAUACAUAUUUUUAAACAUGUGUCGCA